UUUCUAAACCGCUGCUCUUGCGCAAUCUAGCAGGCCCUCCCUCCGGGCUCUGGCUUCUUAUACCUGUGAGAGCCGCCCGCCCGCCCCGAAUUUGGAGCUGUCUGUACCGCGGAGCCUCGGAGCUGCGCUCUCCCUGCCUGGCUGCCGUCGCGUGACCCCGACCGCCCCGGAGGCGCCUCUCCUGCAGCUAUGGAUAAAAUGUCUACAGAUGCACUUCCUCUUGCCAUGAGUUCUCCAGAAAAGCGAGAAACUGUCUGCAUUUUUGGAACUGGGGAUUUUGGAAGGUCACUGGGAUUUAAAAUGAUCCAGUGUGACUACGAUGUUGUGUUUGGAAGUCGAAACCCUCAGACAUCCAGCCUGCUCGCCAGUGGUGCGAAGGUCCUGAGCUACGCCGAAGCAGCCCAGAGGUCUGACAUCAUAGUCCUCACAAUCCACAGAGAGCAUUACAGCUUCCUCACAGAACUAACUGAGCUUCUCAAUGGGAAAAUACUGGUGGAUGUCAGUAACAACCUCAGAGUCAACGAGCACCCAGAGUCCAACGCAGAGUACCUUGCUCAGCUGAUGCCAAAGGCCCACGUGGUGAAAGCGUUUAACACCAUCUCAGCGUGGGCUCUGCAAUCAGGAGCUCUAGACGCGAGCCGGCAGGUGUGUGUCUGUGGAAAUGACAGCAAAGCCAAGCAAAGAGUUAUGGAUGUUGUCCGUAAUCUUGGACUGACCCCACUGGACCAAGGGUCUCUCCUAGCAGCCAAGGAAAUUGAAAACUACCCCUUGCAACUAUUUCCAAUGUGGAGAAUGCCCUUCUACUUGUCUGCUGUGCUGUGUGUCUUCUUAUUCUUCUACUGUGUUAUAAGAGACGUGAUCUAUCCUUAUGUUUACGAGAAGGAAGACAACACAUUCCGCUUGGCCGCUUCCAUUCCGAAUCGAGUCUUUCCUAUCACAGCACUGACGCUGCUGGCUCUGGUUUACCUGCCUGGAGUCAUCGCUGCCAUUCUCCAGCUGUGCCGUGGUACAAAAUACCGCCGAUUCCCCGGCUGGCUGGACCACUGGAUGCUUUGCAGAAAGCAGCUGGGCUUGGUUGCACUGGGAUUUGCCUGCCUUCAUGUCCUCUACACGCUGGUGAUUCCCAUUCGCUAUUAUGGUCGAUGGAGGUCGAGAAAUGCAACCAUUACCCAGCUCAUGACCAAGAAAGAAAACCCAUUUAGUGCUUCUUCAGCCUGGCUUAGUGACUCAUACCUGUCUCUGGGAAUCCUCGGAUUUUUUCUGUUUGUACUCUUGGGAAUCACUUCCUUGCCAUCAGUUAGCAACACAGUCACCUGGAGAGAGUUUCGAUUUGUCCAGUCCAAACUGGGCUUCGUGACCCUGAUCCUGUGCACGGCCCACACGCUGGUGUACGGCGGCAAGCGGUUCCUCAGCCCAUCAGCCCUCAGAUGGUACCUGCCCUCAGCCUACAUCCUGGCACUCGUCAUCCCUUGCACCGUCCUGGUGAUCAAGUUCAUCCUCCUCUUGCCGUGCAUAGACAAGACCCUGACGCGGAUCCGCCAAGGCUGGGAAAGGGACACAGCAGUCGUUAAACCGGCAGUGAACGGAAAACCAGACAUGUGAAGCAAAGCUGAAUGUAUUCACGCUUCUGUGGUGUUUGCAGAGGAACAACAGAUGGAUAGGAAACCCUUUUCUC